AUGUUUUUGUUUGGUAUUUUAUUUGUUGUUAUGAAUGCAGGAAUAUUUGUUUGGUUGAACAAUGUUUUGGGAAAAUACACGUUUUUUCCGGAAUGUUUUUGUAUUUUAAUAUAUUCCGGAAAACAAGUUUUAAGUAUAUUUCUGAUGUUUUUUGUUUUCCGGAAUAAAUAUAUUUUUGUAUUUUCUUUAAAACAUGUUUGUUUUGAAGUUGUUCUGAAAACUUUAAAAGCAACUUGUUUUGCAAACUUAAGAACUUAAGUUUUUAAGUUUGCAAACUUGUAUUUAUUUUCAAGUUUAAUUUCUUCCGGAAACUUAAGUUUACAGAAUGUCUCCAAUAAAAAAUAUUCCUGUAUAUAUCCUAUUAUAUUAUAUUGUCUCUACACGUUGCCUUAUAAAAUAUAUUUGAAAAAUGAGAAAAAAAUUUUUUUAAAAAUUUUUUUGAAAUUUUUUUUUCAAAAAUUUUUCGAAAAUUUUUUUUCAAAAAAAAAUUCAUUUUUUCUUUUAUUAUUAUUUUUUUGUUUGCGCGUUGUUAUUCAAUUAUUUAAAAUUGGAAAAUGUUGAUUAUAAAUAAAUAUAUUGCUUCAAAAAAAAUUUUUUUUCUUUCUAAAUUUAUUUUUGAUUAAAAUCAUUCAAUUAUUUUUAUUAAAUUUUAAAUAAUUUUUUUAGAAAAUUUUUAUAUUGUAUUGUGUGGCUAUUUAUUUUUGUUCGUCAUCUUGUUCUUCUACGCUCUCCUUAAAUUUUUAAAGUUAAAAUAUUUGAAGUUGAACAAUUUUGGAAUUUAUUUGGGAGGUUUUUUGAAAUUGUUUUUGGAGUAAAUACAAGGUUACUAUUUUUUGAUAUUUUUUUUGGGUUAAGAUUAGAUUGGAUACUCCACGGAAUUAAUUUUGAAAGAGAAAAUGCAAGAAACGGGUU